AUGAAGCCGCUCAAGACAUUGUGUAAGAAGCCAUCGGUGGCAACAUUGGCCUUGCUGCUGCUCGUCGCACACAGUGUCUCGUCGAUUCGGGUAGAUUGGAACACCAACACGGGCCCAAUAGUGCCCCCGACCAGCACUCCCGCGCCAGUUCCGCAACCACCGUUCCGCGACCCUGCUCCGGUGUGGGAGGAUCAGUCUGAUGACAUUCCGAAUCCUAAUCCCUACAGGUACAUUCUGCCACCUCCGUCGCGACCAAAGUACAAUGACAUCACCCUGGAGCAGCGCAAGCAGCAUCAGCAACAGCAUCAGGCCCAACCAGUGCAACCGACGAACCCUACACCCAUCGCCACGUCAACAGUUCCCACUGGAAAGAUCAUCGACAAACCCCAGCAACCUCAACCAACCUACCAGAACAGCAACGACGCUCCGCAAAACCGCGCCGCGGCACCGAGUCAACCACAACAACACCAUCAACAACAGCAACCCCAAAUCGUGCCAAGUCUCGCCGUUCAGUACGUUCCUAACAAAGGUCUCAAAUACUACGCGGUCGUACCACGGCACACGGAAGUGACCUACGGUUCCGACAAGCAGACCCUGCUGGAAACCAACGAUCUCUACCACAACGAGCAGCAGCAGCUCCAGAGCAAGUACGAUAAGUACGAUAAGCUCAACGGAAAGUACAAUCCCAAGCUGAAGAAGUACAAGGCCUACGAGAAGGUUAAAUACAUGCCGUACAUUGUGUAUUACGAUCCUACCAGGCAGCAGUUUUUCUACACCAGUGUUCCUUCGAAGAUGGUUUUAAAUAAUAGUCUGUAAUAUAAGAGACUACAUCACAGUCAAAACAAAUAUGUGUGAGUGAAAAU